CCUCAUUCACAUCGCACAUUAGAAAGACCGAAGAAAUUAUUACACCUCACCCCUCUUUUAGCUCACCUUUUUGAGAAAAUUUGAAUCCCAAUCCGCCCAAAAAUAUAUUCCAAUUCUUUCUUUAGUAUAUUGCCGCUGUAUUAGUUUCAAGAACUUGUCAUUCACAAAUUUCUCAGAAUAAAGCUCCCAGAAUUUUAAAGAUUAAAGCUUUCGAUUGAUGUCUGUAACAGCAAGAAAAGAGGUUUAAGCAGAAACUCAUAAGUUUGAUUAGAGAUGGGGAGAAAUGUUGGACCUGUGCUUCGGCGAGAAUUGGAUAAUCUUGGAAAGGAUGCUGAUUGUAGAAAAUCAGCUAUGAAGGCGUUAAAGUCUUAUGUGAAAAACCUGGAUUCGGAGACGAUUCCAUUCUUUCUUGCUCAGGUUUCGGAGAGAAAAGAAACUAGCUCAUCAGCUGGAGAGUAUUCGAUUUCACUCUAUGAAGUUCUUGCUCGUGUUCAUGGCCCGAGAAUUGUACCUUACAUUGAUAUUAUCAUGACAACCAUUGGAAAUACCUUAACUUUAAGUGUAAGAUCAUUUGCACUUCAUCAAGCUUGCUCAAAGGUUGUUUCAGCAAUUGCAAGAUACGGGAUUGAUCCAACUACUCCUGAAAACAUGAAAAGACAAAUAAUUCAUUCACUUUGUAAGCCUCUUUCUGAUUCUAUUUUGGUUAGCCAAGAGAACUUAUCUUUUGGAUCUGCACUGUGCUUGAAGGCAUUAGUGGAUUCUGAUAAUUGGCGAUUUGCGUCCGGUGACAUGGUUAAUGAGGUUUGUCAAAGAGUUGCUGGAGCUCUGGAGAAACCUAUGCAGACGAACUCACACAUGGGAUUAGUCAUGGCACUUGCUAAGAGUAAUAGUCUUGUUGUUGAAGCAUAUGCAAGACUGUUAAUACAGUCUGGAUUGAGGAUAUUGAGUGCUGGGGUGGCAGAAGAUAAUUCUCAAAAAAGACUUUUAGCCAUACAGAUGGUGAAUUGUCUGAUGAAGUCUUUGGAUCCUAGGAGCUUAUUCUCAGAGCUAGAAGGGAUAAUGGAUGAAAUGCAGAAGUGUCAAGAUGAUAAGAUGUCGUAUGUCAAAGGGGCUGCUUUUGAUGCAUUACAAACAGCGAAAAAUAUUGCUAGUGAGAAAGGAUCAAACCUCGAGGAGGAUACAGGUUCAGUCAGUGGAUCAAACUUUUGUAGUAAUAAUGGUUACUGGAGGAGAAAUUUGUCUGAUGCAGUUGAUCAGAUACCAAUUAAAACAUCACCAGAAUCUCAAACUGUUAAUUCAUUUGCUGAGUAUGAUUUUUUAAAUGAAUCGCCAAUUUCACACAGCUAUGUGUCUGGUGACUUGGACUAUGAUAGGAGAGUGAACGCCCAGCUCUGGAGGAAGUUUGAGAAUGGUGGACUUGAUCUGUCAUUCAAGGACAGAAUAUCUACAGAGGCAACCUCUAAAACUUUAAUGGAAUAUACUGAAGAAAAUAAAUGUUUAGAGAACAGGGAAUGUGCAAAUGAAUUUGCAGGUUUUCUGCAGGAAAGUUCAAGAGGUGCAGGCGUGAGAAGCACCACUCCUAGUCCUCAGAGGUCGCGACACAUGAAUGUUGAUGAUAUCAAAAUCUUCACAACCCCUAGAAAGCUAAUCUACUCGCUUCAAGAUGAAAGCAGCGGGAACUCAAAUAUCUCUGAAAAGCAAAGCCGGCGGUAUAAAAGCCCUUGCAAAAGCAGAUAUGAAUCAAGUCUGUCAAAAUGCGAAGAAACUAGCUUUUUAAAUCAUCCUGCAUCAAUGUAUGACCAAUAUGGCUUCCCUCGUGAUGUAAAAUAUAAGACCAAAAGAGAAGAAAAUGUGUUUCUCACUGGCGAAGAUUUCUAUGGCAGCUCCAAAUCAGUUUCUUCAUCAGAAGCUGCAGCAGUAGGUAAAGUGCAGGUGUGGCAAAAGUCAGAUUCCGCUUGCCAAAAAGAAUCACCCGAAGUAAGCGUUCAGAAGCACUAUCCAAUGUAUGACCAAUAUGGCUUCCCUAGUGAUGUAAAAUAUAAGACCAAAAGUAAAGAAAAUGUGUCUCUCACUGGCGAAGAUUCCUAUGGUAGCUCCAAAUCAGUUUCUUCAUCAGAAGCUGCAGCAGUAGGUAAAGUGCAGGUGUGUCAAAAGUCGAAUUCCGCUAGCCAAAAAGAAUCACUGGUAGUAAGCGUUCAGAAGCACUAUCCAAUGUCACUCCGCAUCAUAGUUUGGGGCACCUUAAUCGUAGUGUUCAUAGCAUUUGUUUGCUUACCGUGGAUUGGUAGUGAUCAGGAUGAAGGUUAUUAUCUUCCACCUACCUAAUACUUUUCCUGAUAAUUAAUGUAACAAUCAAAUUUUCAGGGACCUUUUAUAACAACAAUUGUACCUGGCAUCGUGUCUGAUUUCUGUUGGACCGUUAAACAUUGGUUUUUUGAGGUUGA